CGGGCCGGCAUCGGUCAUGAGGGCUUCGUGCGGGGGGUGGUAGCCGUGUGAUUUACGUGCUUAAAGUGACUGGGAUCGAGACGAAGAUGGAAAUGGAGGGGAGACGAAGCUGGCUGUCUAGGAGGAUGACGGUCCUGGUGUUGGUGGUCAUGAUGUCGGCGGGGAGUCUUGCUCAAGACUCGGUGACCGGCUGUGACCAGCCGGACUGCCUCACCUGCGACGAGGACCGACAGUGCACCAGCUGUGCACGUGCAAUCGUGCACGGCACACGUCAGUGCGUCAGCGCGUGUCCCGGCAACUAUCGGCUGGUGCACAGUGAUAUAGAUGGCUACCACGGUCUUCUCUGCCGAGCUGGCCGGUUUCUGGACACAGCUGAUAUGACGACUGAAGAGCUGGUUGUGUUGGUGGCAGCACUGGUCGGUGCUGCCAUAUGCAUCGGCGUCCUCAUCGGCGCCUUUCUGUUCCUUCGCGUACGAAGGAAAAUGGACCCGUUGACAGCAAGAAUUGAAGAGAGCGGCACUGAAAUGACAGCAGCCAGCGACUUCGAGCGAAUCCAGUUCCUGACUCGCCUCCAAGCGCUGAGACCGGAAACACAGAAUUUUCUGGAAAUGCUGAAUGACACGAGAAAGAAGUUUCAUGGGAAGAGUAGCAAAGGAGGAGACAGCAAGGCCGACUCGAAGCACAGAGCGUACAGGUCAAUCCUGCGCGACCUGUCUCGGAUUCUGACGCUGCUGAACAGAAAAGAGGAGCAGAUUCGGACGGUACCCGCAGACUGGCAGAGACUGCUGGGCUGGGCCGAACGGCUCCUGAAACGCUACAAACGACAGAAAAUCUCCAAGGAGUUUGGCUCAGCGCCUCAUAUCGAGUACCUGGCUCCCUCUGGCCACGGAGGGAGUCGUCGACCACGCUCCGCUGCAGGUCGUCUUCACUCCAACGGCAGCGUCCCUGCAGGAUCACACUUCAGCAUCAGCCAGGCCAUCAUUGAAGAGGAUGACGAACUGGACGGCAUACAGAGCCUGCCACCUAUCGGGAGAGAGGAGAACCAUAGCCGCACGGCGCCGACUCGUGGCGGCGCGAAGUAUCGCAAGCAUGAGCCGACGGGCAGACGUCGAGCAAGAAGUACAACUAGGCUUGCACCGGGAGGCUCACGAGCCCACAACGCUAGCGUGCCUACAGGGCUGCAUCUGCUACCUGAAGAGAGAGCAGGAAAGCCGGUGUAUGUCCAUCAAGUGAACGGCGGCGAGGGAGAGGCGCUGUUCGUUGGAGAUGCCUGGCCUCGACCGUCGGCGGGUAGCCUCCGCCCGGCCUCCAGCGCUCACAGUCUCACCGGAGGCUGGCCUGCCCCGCCCCGCUCCCUCCCUCCAGGGGGUGGUGAGGAGCACCCCCACCGCGGUCCGAGGCCCACCUACAAGGACUGGCCUCUGGAGAAGCUGAAACACAUCCGGAGCGCACGCCAGGAGCGGGAGCGUACCUCCGACUUCACUGAUACAACAACCGAUGGGCAGAGCGGUCACUCGGGUGGGAGCAGUAACGGUAUGCCUCCUCCACCCCCGCCGAUCUAUGGAAACGAGAGGACCAAACCGGCUGGAGAGAGUAAACUCGAUAAUAGCUUCAACGAGCACAGUGAUUACAUCGAGAAGGACAUUGAUAGCUUCAGUGGUCGCUAUUUUCAUGAAGAGGAACUGAGUACUGUACUGUAGUGAAGUGCUGAAAUUGAAUAAGGAUGACAUCAAUGAUGCGAAGGACAUUGGUGUAGUGUUCGCUACAUAGAAAAGAGAAGACUUUUGGUCAGUUAGGGAUGCAUUGUUGGCCAGAAGUCGUCACACUUUUCACCGUUUUAUGAAAUGUUUGAAGGAAAUGUUCUGUGAAUGUUCGCUAUUUAUACGAUUUCAUGACGUAUCGACUGAGAUUAUUCGUGUAAUUACGUCCUUUUCUCAAUGUGGUAUCUUUUGACGCAACAUGUUUUGUCAAAGCUAUGUAUCACGAUGAAUACGUUUGGAUACCACACUGCGGUAAGAGUGAUUUCAUAACCUGUCUAUCUUCACUAAAAAAAGGCAAACUUUUAUGACGCUCCCGAAAAUAUUGGCCAGGAUUCCUUCUCCCCUCUGACAGGCAAACGCCUUGAGGAAGGAAUAGAUGGGCCAGUGGAAUGAGGACUGUCUCGUUUAGAGAGCCGAUUCUCCAGUGAGGACUGAUUUGAACAUCAGCAGUCGUGCCAGUGUACAACCCUGCCAUCUAGUGGCCGAUUUUGAAGUGCUAUGUUGCUGCUUAUCUCGUGUAUAAUAAUAAUAAUAAUGUUGUUAAUCAACUAUGUCUUGCGCCUGUGUAAUAAUUGCUUUCUGCUGUAAAAAGCUUGGCUGUUGUAAGAAUGUGUCUUCUGUGAAUCGGCGUCAAUAUGUAGUUAGUGUGCAUUCUGGUUGAUGCAAUGCAGUGGUCUGAUCGAUGGCAACCAACCGUUUCACGUGGUGAAAAGUCUCUGCAAUAAACUGUUUCCAAUCGUGAAUAGCCUUCGUGGUCGUGUGCAAUGCUCUGCGAAUCAUGCUGAAUGUAACGCUUCGGAACGCCGCACACGAGACGUGAGUGUAUGUUCAAUGGCAGCUGCAGAAAGCGGAUGUCUCUACACGCUGUCAGCGUCCAAUAAAAGCGCCGGUUUCUA